AUGGCGCCAAAGCAAAACGGUAGAGCUCAUUUGAGCAGCGACAUCGACUUUAUCCAGACUCCAGAAGCGCCCGCUGAUACCCUCUCGACCGGCAAAAACCCAGGUGUUCCAUUAACCAACUCCCCCGCUAUCAAACAUGCUCCUCUUCCUGCUGACGGACCCGGAUACGAACAAUGGUCGAAUCGCUUCCUCGUCGCCGCUCUUCUAGGCAUUCCUCAAUGGCUAUCAUGGAAAUUGGGUGGCGGCCUCAAAACAGCCAUCUUUCUCUCAAUAUUCACAACGAUACCUGUUUUAACUGUCAUCUGGACAGUCAUGUCUCGUUACAGUCCCCGUAUCAAUCACGAUGUUAAAUUGCCCGGUCGACCUGUGGAGUUUUACCUCACCUUCAAAAGCGACUCUCACCGCGCGCGAUGGACAGGAAGACAUAAGAUACCGAUGGCCACAUUUUUCGAGCUAUACUUCACAGGACAGGUCGACCUCAACGGUGAUGCGCUGGAAGUUUUUGAAUAUCGAUAUGAUUGGGCGACAUUUAACUUUACCAGUGAAACAUUUCGCUACAUCUUGUUUACUUUCUUCCCUGAUGUGGUCCUUCACCUUCGAUCACAGGAUGAAGAGCAGGUGCGCAACAAUUAUGACAGUGGAAAUGAUCAUUAUGCUUGGUUUCUAGGCCCUCGCAUGAUUUAUACCUCUGGUAUCAUCUCGGACCCUACGCGAGAAGAAACUUUGGAGGAAAUGCAGGAUAACAAACUGGCCAUCGUAUGCGAAAAGAUCGGCUUGAAAGAAGGAGACACACUUCUCGAUAUCGGCUGCGGCUGGGGUACCUUGGCCAAAUUCGCAAGUCUCAAUUACGGCGCCAACGUCACAGGCGUGACGCUGGCUCGAAAUCAAGUCCAAUGGGGAAAUGACGGACUUCAACAAGCCGGUAUACCGGAAGAACAGAGCAGACUACUGUGCUGUGACUAUCGCGAUAUCCCCGAAGACCGAAAGUUCAACAAGAUCACUCAAUUGGAGAUGGCGGAGCAUGUAGGUGUACGACGUCUGACGGGCUUCUUUCGACAGUGUUACGAUAUGCUCGAAAACGAUGGAUCUAUGUACGUCCAGGUGUCGGGUCUUAGAAAGGCGUGGCAGUAUGAAGACUUUAUCUGGGGACUAUUUCUUAAUAAGUAUAUCUUCCCUGGGGCUGAUGCGUCUACGCCGUUGUCAUAUUAUGUGGGAUGCCUUGAGAGUGCUGGCUUCGAAGUAAAGAGUGUCGAUACUAUCGGUGUUCAUUAUUCUGGUACUCUAUGGCGAUGGUACCGAAAUUGGCUGGGUAAUGCCGACAAAGUCAAGGCCAAGUAUGGAGUGCGCUGGUUCCGCAUCUGGGAAAUCUUUCUGGCCUAUUCCACGAUUGCUUCCCGUCAAGGCUCGGCCACGUGCUAUCAGGUUGUCGUGGUGAAGAACCUGAACUCGACCCAUCGUAUCGAUGGUGUCUACUCACAGUAUGGACUUCAUGGUGCUCUGACUGCAGCAAAGGCUGUUGGAAAGAAUAUGUUACCAAAGUAG